AAAAUAGUAUUUUCCUUCUUAUUAUACUAUAAAAUCGUACAUAUUCUGCAUGCAUUGACGCUAUAAUAUUUUGGUUACUUAGCAACUAAUCUGACAAAACACUGUAUAACUUCACGUUGGAAAUAUGUAGUUGUCUUUACGUUUAUUAAUGAAAUUAUAAAAUAAAGAUAUCGAUAUUUUAAAGUAAUAAUUGAUAUUGAUAUACUUUAUCACCUAUUUUUAUAAAUUUUUAUUGAUAAUCAUCGAAAUUGAUGAUAAAAUAGAUAUCCAUUUUCGUGAUAUCCAGUUCUCGUGACACUCUAUUCUUCUGAUUUUAAUUUUUUAUAAAAAUGGGACCUAAGAAAGCAAAAGUACCUGCUACUGUUGAUGGUGUAGAUACGUCGAAAAUGAAUAGAGAACAAUUAGAAGUUUAUGCACACAAGAUACUUGAAGAAAUGGAGCGUGAACGAGAGGAAAGAAAUUUUUUUCAACUUGAAAGAGAUAAGAUUAGAACUUUUUGGGAAAUUACGAGACAUCAAUUAGAUGAAGCGCAGGCAACUGUCAGAAAUAAAGAACAUGAAAAAGAAGAGUUAUCAGAAAAACACGAAGCAGAGCUCAAAUUAUAUAAACAGAAAGUAAAACAUUUAAUGUAUGAGCAUCAAACUAAUUUGUCAGAAACUAAAGCUGAACAUAUGGUUGCUCUUAAAAUGGCACAAGAUGAUCAUACUCUUCAAGAAAAUGAAUUGAUUAAAGAUAAGAGAGAAUUAAAAAGAUUGCAAAAAGAACAAGAUUUGGCCCAUAUAAAUGAAAUAAAAGCAUUAAAAUUGCAACAUGCAGAAGAAACAGAUAAGCUGAUAAAACAGUUUGAAACUGAAGCUCAAGAAUUGGAACAAAAAUAUGAACAGAAGUUGACGAGUCAAUAUGAAUCCCUUACUUUAAAACAUCGAAUGGAAAUAACUGAAGUAGAAGAAAGAAAAAAUACACAAAUUGCAAAUUUGAUAAAAAACCAUGAAGUUGCAUUUGCAGAAAUGAAAACUUAUUAUAAUGACAUUACUCUUAACAAUUUGUCUUUGAUAAAGAGUAUGAAGGACCAAAUGGAUGAAAUGAGAAGUAAUGAAGAGCGUAUGAAAAAACAAGUACGAGAGUUAACUAUCGAAAAUAAAAAAUAUUCUACUGAUAUAAAGUCAUAUGAAGAAUCCUUAGCAAAUUACACUCGCCAACUUGCAAAUUAUGAUAAAGAUAAACAAAGCUUAAUUAGUACUAAAAAAAGAUUAGUAAUAGCUACAAAAGAGUUAGAGAACUUAAAAUGGGAAAACGAAGUAUUAGAAGUACGUUUUGAAAAGUGUCAGUCUGAAAGAAACGAAUUACAUUCAAGAUUUGUCUCAGCAAUACUUGAGCUCCAACAGAAGACAGGUUUAAAGAACAUUCUUUUAGAAAAGAAACUUGAGAAAUUAUCGGAUUUAUUAGAACAGCGUGAAGCACAGAUCAGUGAAGUACUUACUGCUGCUCAACUAGAUCCAAUGGUCGUUAUUAAUGCUAAUAAAAAAUUAGAGAAUCUGUUGAAUAGAAAAAACAGUGCCAUACAAGAUCUACAAUAUGAAUUAGCAAAAGUUUGCAAAGCGCAUGACGAUCUACUUCGAACGUAUGAAACUAAAUUACAAGAAUAUGGGAUUCCAAAGAGUGAACUUGGUUUUCAACCAUUGAGAGUAAAAGGAGUACCUACAAAGUUAGGAUUAGGACCAGCUGGUCUUGUUACUUUAAAUCACUAGUCUACUAAGAUUUUAAUUUUUUUAUUUUUGACUGAUCAUACAAUACAUUUUCACUAACAAUUAGUGAAAUGUAAAAAUAAUAAAAUCAGAUUAAUGCAGAAAGAUUCAAGCAAUUUCUGAUGCAGAAUGUUUUUAUUUUGUGAAACAAGUAAGUUUUAGAACGCAUCUGCUUUAUUUUUUUAUAAAUUACAUAAAAUUAUCACAGAAUGUACAGAGUAGAUCAUAUUGGUGCCUGAUAGUUGUAUACUUGUACAAUUCCAUCUGUUCUAUCAUUUACUUAAUUUCGUUAUCAUUUAUUUCAAUUGUAAAUCAUCAUGCAUUUUCAUAGUACAUUUUUUUAUAAUUAUUUAACAACUAACAGGCACAAUUAUACUGAAGAUGCUUUAUAUAUAUAUGUAUGUAUAUAUAUAUAUAUAUAUAUAUAUACAUACUAUACAUGCUAUAUAU